UAGAGAGAGUCCCCAUACUCUUGUAUUUAUCAGCAAUAUACAAUUAUAAAGACCCAAAAUUUAAAAAAACAAAAAAGAGAGAACAAAAUCUUCCCCUCCCAAAAUCGCUGCAUCACACAAACCUGGGGGGGGCAGGAGGGGGGGUCCCUUCCGAUCCUCCCUCCUGACGCCCCCCCAGCAGGCCCCCUCCCCCACCAUUGAAAGCCAUGAAUUUUGAAUUUGAGAGGGAGAUUGGGUUUAUAAACAGCCAGCCAUCGCUCGCCGAGUGUCUGACUUCCUUCCCCGCUGUCUUGGAGACAUUUCAAACUUCAUCAAUCAAGGAGUCGACAUUAAUUCCUCCUCCUCCUCCUUUCGAGCAAACCUUCCCCAGCCUCCAGCCCGGCGCCUCCACCCUUCAGAGACCCGGGAGCCAAAAGCGAGCCGAAGAUGGGCCCGCUCUGCCGCCGCUCCCCGCCGCCCCCCUGGCCCCCGAGUUCCCCUGGAUGAAAGAGAAGAAAUCCGCCAAGAAACCCAGCCAAUCCGCCGCGUCUCCCCCGGCCGCCUCCUCCGUCCCGGCCUCCGGGGUCGGAUCGCCGGCAGAUGGGCCGGGACUGCCGGAGGCCGCCGGCGGCGGGGCGCGCAGGCUGCGCACCGCUUACACCAACACGCAGCUGCUGGAGCUGGAGAAGGAAUUCCACUUUAACAAGUACCUGUGCCGGCCGCGACGCGUGGAGAUCGCGGCCUUGCUGGACCUCACCGAGAGGCAGGUGAAAGUGUGGUUCCAGAACCGGCGCAUGAAGCACAAGCGGCAGACGCAGCACCGAGAGCCGCCCGACGGGGAGCCAGCCUGCCCCGGCGCGCCGCAGAACACCGGCGAGCCAGCCGAAGAGCCUGUGGCUAGCCCGGGCCGCCCCUCCGUAUUGCGGGCCUCCCGAGCAGCCUGUUGUCACCCGCCCGAGGUCGCGCAGGGGCCUCCGGGCGCCUCGGGCCCCCGGCCUUUGGCCGCUCGCGUGGAGGGCGCGGACGCGCGGAGCCCGGGCGGCGCGCUGCGCGGGGCCGGCGGACGGGAGCCCGAGCCGUUGCCAGAAGACGCCUUCUCGGAGCGGCAGGAUUCGCCUUUCUUGCCCGACCUCAGCUUCUUCGCGGCCGACUCCUGUCUCCAGCUGUCCGGAGGCCUCUCCCCUAGUCUCCAGGGCUCUCUGGACAGCCCGGUUCCCUUUUCCGAGGAAGAGCUGGACUUCUUCACCAGCACGCUGUGUGCCAUCGACCUGCAGUUCCCUUAAUAACCCGCUUCCUUCUCUCGACCCCUGCCCCCCCUCAGCAGCCUGCGGACAAACCCAAGGACCCCCCUCCCCAAGUCGUAUGGACUUCUUUAUGUGUUUUGCUAAAAUUCAGGUAUUAUUGAAUUAGCGUUUAAUCCACCUCCUUUCUUUAAAAUA